AUGGGGUUCACCAAAGGUCAUCGCCUGCAUCAAUAUUUCAGCGGCUUGCUGAUGUCAGAGGCCCCGAUAAAGAGCGAAGAGGGGGGGGGGGUGGACGGGGCUCGCAAACCUCGUCACUUGCCUGCCAACGCCAUGUUUUGCACCCGGGCCUUCCUCCUCCUCGCCGCCGCCGCCUUCCUGUGCGCCGUGUCCGCCGCCGACGAGGCCUCCACGGAGACGCGCUCGCUGGAUUUCACGCUCAAAAGCCAACAGGAGAAAGAGCUGAUCGACGCCUUGCAAGAAGUCUUGGAGAAGCUGAGGAGCAAAGAAAUACCGUCUGAGAAAAAACUGGGCUGGCUGCCCUCCUGCGACGCCGGGGAGCCAUGCGCCGUCCGCAAAGGGUCCCGCAUCGGCACACUGUGCAGCUGUCCCCGGGGCACUUUCUGUAAUUUUUAUGUCCUCAAGUGCUUGUGA